GUAAUCGGGGCCUGGCGACUUUUCUGGGCCAGUUUUCUCUGCGGACUCACGAGUGGAUCGGAUUGGGGGAAGGGAGGGGGUCUCCGCAAGGCAUCAGGCCGUUCUCUCCUAAUUGGGAAGUUACGGCUGCUUUCCCUGGCCUGCUCCCAAACCCCUCCUCCCCCACCACGGGCGGCCUCUGCAGCGAACGCCUUGGGGAAGCCCCAGAAUUUGCGUGCAGUGUGUCUAAAUGAGCUUCGGUUCUUCUUUUUUUUAAAAACAACUUUCUUGAGACAUAAUUGACAUAUUAUAAAAAAUUCCCAUUUAAAGUGUAAAAUUCAGUGGUUUUUCAUAUAUCCCCAGAAUUGUGCAUCCAUCACCACAAUCUAAUUUUAGAAUAUUUUCAUCAUCUCGAAGAAAAACCUUGUACCCAUUAAAAGUCACUCUCUAUUCACUAUGGCCUCCCAGUCCUAGGCAAUUGAUAGUCUACUUUUUUGUCUCUAUAGAUUUGUCAAUUUGCAUAUUUGAUAUAAAUAGCAGCAUACAGCAUGUGGUCUUUUUUGACUAGCUUCUUUCACUAAGUAUAAUGUUUUAAAAGUUUGUUCUUGUUGUAGCAUGUAUCGAAACUUAAUUCCUUUAUUGCAGAAAAAUAUUCCUUGUAUUCAUAUACCACAUUUUGUUCAUUCAUCAGUUGAUGGACAUUUGGAUUGUUUCCACUUUUUGGUUCUUAUGAAUAAAGCUGCUGUGACCAUCUGUGUACAGUUUGAGUGGACACAUGUUUUUAUUUCUCUUGAGCACAUAUACCUACGAGUGGGAUCGCCUGAUCCAACCAUUUGUGGAACUGCUAAACUGUUUUCCAAAGUACUUGAGCCAUUUUACCUUUCUGUAUGUGGAUAUCCAGCUGUCUUAGCGUUGAAAAGACUGUCCUUGCCCUGCGGAAUUGUCUUGGCAUCUAGGGAACUUCAGUCUAUAACUGUAAGAUUUUACUUCUGGACUCUCAGUUUUAUUCCACUGACUGUUUUUAUUCCAAUACUACACAGUCUUGAUUAUUGCAGCUUAUAAUUGGUUUUGAAAUCAGAAAGUAUGAGUACUCCAAAUUUGUGUUCUUCGUUUUCAAGAUUGGUUUGGCUUGGGCUUCCCUGGUGGCGCCGUGGUUGAGAGUCCGCCUGCUGAUGCAGGGGACAUGGGUUAGUGCCCCAGUCCGGGAAGAUCCCACAUGCUGCGGAGUGGCUGGGCCCGUGAGCCAUGGCCGCUGAGCCUGCGUGUCCGGAGCCUGUGCUCCGCAACGGGAGAGGCCACAACAGUGAGAGGCCCGCGGACCGCAAAAAAAAAAAGAUUGGUUUGGCUUUAUGGGCCCCUUGCAUUUCCAUAUGUACUUUUAAACAGUUUUGUCAAAUGCUGCAAAUUUAAAAAAAAAAACACUGAGAUUUUGUAAGAACCAUAUUGAUCCAUAUACCAAUUUGGGCAAUAUUGCCAUUUUAAAAUAGUAAGUGUUCAAUUCCAUGAACAUAGGAUGUCUUUCCAUUCAUUUGGAGCUUUAGUUUCUUUCAACAUUUUAAAAUAGUUCUCAGUGUACAUGACUUACAUAUUUUUCAUUAUGUGUACUUAAGUAUUUUAUUCUUUUUGAUGCUAUUGUAAAUGAAAUUACAUUCUUUUUUAAAAAAUUUAUUUUAUUUAUUUUUGGCUGUGUUGGGUCUUCAUUGCUGCACAUGGGCUUUCUCUAGUUGCAGCCCGCGAGGGCUACUCUUCGUUGCAGUGCACGGGCUUCUCACUGCUGUACCUUCUCUUGUUGCGGAGCAUGGGCUCUAGCCAUGUGGGCUUCAGUAGUUGCGGCACGUGAGCUCUGUAAUUGUGGCUUGUGGGCUCUAGAGCGCAUGCUCGGUAGUUGUGGUGCAUGGGCUUAGUUACUCCGCGGCAUGUGAGAUCUUCCAGACCAGGGCUUGAAUCCCAUGUUCCCUGCAUUGACAGGCAGAUUCUUAACCACUGUGCCACCAAGGAAGUCCAAAAUUAUAUUUUCAAUUUCAUUUUUAGGUUGUUUAUUGCUAGUGUAUAUAAAUACAAAUGAUUUUUCUGUAUUGAUCUUGUAUCCUGCAACCUUGUUUAACUUUAAUUAUUCUAGUAGUUUUUUUUUAAGUGGAUUCAUUGGGACUUUCUAUACACAAGAUCAUGUCUUCUGCUAAUAGAAAUAGUUUUACUUCUCUCUUUCCAAUCUGGAAGCCUUUUAUUUCAUUUUCUUGCCUAAUUGUGCAGCUAAAGGUUUUAGCUCCAGUACAAUGUUGUAUAGAAGUGAUGAGAGCAGUUAAUAUUAAAUUGUUCCUGAGCUUAAGGGGAAAACAUUCAGUCUUUCACCAUGAAGUAGGAUGCUAGCUAUGGUUUUUUUCAAAAAUGCCCUUUAUCAGAUUGAGGAAGUUCCCUUCUUUUCCGAGUGUGCUGAGUGUUUUGAUCAUGAAUGGGUAUUUGACUUUGUCAGUUGAUUGUGUGUGUGUGUGUCUGUUGUUGUUUCUGUCCCUUAUCCUAAUAUAGUGUAUUACAUUGAUUGAUUUUCAGAUGUUAAAGCAACUUUGCAUUUCUGGGAUAAGUUCUGCUUGGUCAGGGAGUGUAAUCCUUUUUAUAUGUUGCUCGGUUCAUUUUGCUAGUAUUCUGUCAAGGAUUUUUGUGUCUGUAUUCAUGAUACUGGUCUAUAGUUUUCUUGUUAUGUCUCUGUCUAGUUUUGGUGUGAGGAUAACAGUGGGCUCAUUGCGUAAACUGGGAAGUGUUCCGUCUUCCAUUUUUUAGAAUAGUUAUCCACAAGAGGGAAGGACAGGUGCAGUGGGAAGAAGCAAGGCUUAUUGGAAAACCUGAUGGAAAGAUAGAAGUGGGGUCAGAGGUUGGGGGAACCAGGCUAGAAGUUUCUGGGUGGUAAUUAAUGUUUCAGAGGAGGAAAGAAGAGGAGAAAGCCUUGGGAUAUCCUUGAGGAAGUCCAGUUGGAGAUGGAAGAUGAGCCACAGAGGAGGCAGGAAGGAACAGGCCUAGCUGGGAUGUCAGCUGGGUGAGUGGCUUCCUGAAAAGUAAAGAAAGAGUGUCAGAAGAAGGAAUUUCUAGAAGUUAUGGUGGAGUGAUUGAGUUGGUGGAGAUGAGAAAAUGAGCCAAUUGUAGACCCUUGAGAAGUCUGUGGAAGUGAGAGGAGAUUGGCUGUGAGGAAGGCAGGUGUCAAAGGUUUUCGUUUUGCUUUUCUUUCUUGACAAUUUUCAUAUUGAUAUAAUUUUAUACCUUCAAAAAAUUGCAAGACUAGUACAAGGAACUCCCAAAUAACAUUUUCCAGAUUCAUCAAUUGUCUACACUUGCCCCAUUUACUUUAUCAUUCUCUCUCUCUCAUAUAUAUAUAUAUAUAUAUAUAUAUAUAUAUAUAUAUACUGCAGACAUCAUGUCUCCCUAACACUAAAUAUUUGAGUGGUAUUUCCAAAGAAUAAGGAUAUUCUUUUACACACCAGGUUUUAUUGAAAAUGGGAGUGAUUUGGGCCUGUUGAAAAGUGUAAGUGAAGAUCCAGUGGAACAGAAGCCAGAGAAGGGAUUAUCGUCUCCGAAGGCUUCUGGAAAAGUCCAGAGAGUGGAAUCUAAAGCCCAGGUGGAGUGGUUGGCCUUUGCCACACAAGGGACAGCUCCCUGUUUUACAGAGAGGUAAAGCAGUGUGCGGACGUGGGAGCCUUUGUUAUGUUGAGAGAGCUGAAGAAGUUCCUCUCUGCUGGCUUCUGUUUCCCUUGUCAAUUAGGAAGUGAGAUGAUAUACUGAAAAGAGGAGGAAGGUAUGUGAGUGAUGGAGAGGGUCUGAGUUGAAGAAGAGUGGAGAAAAUAUGAAAGAGUCGAAGAGGGGGUUGAGAGGAAGUUAUGAGAUAAACAUCUCAGGAUCCAUUUAGCCAGAUAGCCCAUUCCCGGUGGGUGCUCAGACACUUAGAGAGAGCCAGUCUGCCCUGACCUGUUUGAUGACUCUCAUGUCCAGCACACAGAAAAUAGGGAGAUAGUUGAGGUCGUCUAGGCUCAAUUUUGCCAAAGGAGUGUGAUGAAAAGACAGAAUGGGCAGGGCAGGGAAGUUCAGGGUAUUAACAAGACUGUGAACCAUAGAAUCUACUGGAAAAGAAUGAAAGAAGCAACAUGGCUAUAGGAUGGGAAGUAGAGGGGCAAAUGGGCUGGUGGUUGGCUGGGAAGAGAGGAGCCUGUGAUUUGUUUUUUAAUUAUUACUGUUUUACUUAUUGGAGCUAACCAUCAUGAGCACAGAGACUGUACUAAGUAUUUUACAUGCAUUAAUUUUAUAUAAUCCUUAUGCCAACCCUAUUAGGUAAGCAUAGUAAUCAAGCCAUUUUUAUAGAUGAGGAAAUUGAGGUUAAGUGACUUGCCCAGGGUGACAGCUAAAAAGUGAGAGCAGUCUCUCCAACUCCAGAGCCCCUGCACAUCUCUGGACAUUUUUGCAGAGCUUCUUAGCUGUGUUCCUUACUUCACGUUUACCCUCCUCUCAUUUGUGUUUCACUCAGCUGACAGAGUGAGCCUUUGAAGAUGCAAAUUGAUUAUAUCAUACACAUCCCCUCAGAAGCUUUCAUUAUAUCAAUUUUUAAAUGGAAAUAUGUAUAAAAAUAAGUGAAUUGAUGGAUGAAUAGAGAGUUGGAUAGCUGGUUAUCUGAUAAAGAAAAUCAUAGUAAAAUGUUAAUUAUGAAAUCUAGGAAAAGGCCAUAAGUGACAAGCCCACAGCUAAGAUUAGGAACAAGAGAGUGAUGCCUACUUUUGCCACUUCUGUUUAACAUAGUACUGGAAGUUCUAGCCAGAGCAGUUAGGCAAGAAAAAGAAGUAAAAGGCAUCUCUAUUGGAAAGGAAGAAGUAAAACUGUCACUGUUUGAAGAUGACAUGAUAUUAUAUAUGGAAAACCGUAAAGACGCCAUCAACAAACUGUUAGAAUAAACAAAUUCAGCAAAGUUGCAAGAUACAAAAUCAACACACAAAAGUCGGUUGCAUAAUGAACUAUCAGAGAGAGAAAUUAAGAAUACAGUCCCAUUUACAAUUGCAUCAAAAAUAAUAAAAUAGGGCUUCCCUGGUGGCGCAGUGGUUGAGAGUCCGCCUGCUGAUGCAGGGGACGCGGGUUCAUGCCCCGGUCCAGGAGGAUCCCACAUGCCGCGGAGCGGCUGGGCCCGUGAGCCAUGGCUGCUGAGCCUGCGCGUCCGGAGCCUGUGCUCCGCAAUGGGAGAGGCCACAACAGUGAGAGGCCUGUGUACCGCAAGAAAAAUAAAAUAAAAUAAAAUAAAAUAAAAUACCUAGGAAUAAGUUUUUUUCUUUUUCUUUUUAAAAGAUUUUUGUUUUUACCUAGGAAUAAAUUUAACCAAGAAGGUGAAAGACCUGUGCAGUGAAAACUACAAGAAAUUAAUGAAAGAAAUUGAAGAAGACACAAAUAAAUGGAAAGAUAUUCUGUGCUCAUGGAUUGGAAGAAUUAAUAUUACAGUGUCCAUGCUACCCCAAACAAUAUACAGACUCAAUGCAAUACCGAUCAAAAUCCCAAUGACAUUUUUCACAGUAAUAAAACAAACAAAAAAAAAUUUUGAACUAUGAAAGAUUCUGAAUAGCCACAGCAAUCUUGAGAAAGAACAAAGCUGCAGGCAUCAUGUGCCCUUAUUUCAAACUUUAUUACAAAGCUAUAAUAAUUAAAACAGUAUGGUGGCAUUAAAAACAGACACAUAAAUCAAUGGAACAGAAUAGAGAGCUCAGAAAUAAACCUAUGCAUAUAUUAAUUAAUUUAUGAGAAAGGAGACAAGAAUGUCCAAUGGUGAAAGGACAGUCUCUUCAAUAAAUAGUGCUAGGAAAAUUGACAGCACAUGCAAAAGAAUGAAAUUGGACCACCAUACACAAAAAUUAACUCAAAAUGAAUUAAAGACUUGAGCUUGAGACCUAAAACUGUAAAAAUCCUAGAAGAAAAUAGAGGUGAUAAAGUCCUUGACAUACAUCUUUAAAAAAAAUUAUUUAUUUAUUUAUUUUUGGCUGCAUUGGGUCUUCGUUGCUUCUUGCGGGCUUUCUCUAGUUGUGGUGAGUGGGGGCUACUCUUCGUUGCAGUGCGCCAGCUUCUCAUUAUGGUGGCUUCUCUUGUUGUGGAGCACGGGUUCUAGGUGCAGGGACUUCAGGAGUUGGGGCUUGCAGGCUCUAGAGUGCAGGCUCAGUAGUUGUGGCGCACGGGGCUUAGUUGCUCUGCGGCACAUGGAAUCGUCCCAGACCAGGGCUCGAACCCAUGUCCCCUGUAUUGGCAGGCAGAUUCUUAACCACUGUGCCACCAGGGAAGUCCCUUUGACAUAGGUCUUGAUGAUGAUUUUUUGAAUCUGACACCAAAACCAAAAGCAACAAAAGCAAAAAUAAACAGGUGGGACUAUAUUAAACUAAAAAUCUUUUGCACAGCAAAGGAAACCAUCAACAAAUGAAAAGGCAACCUACUGAAUGGGAGAAAGUAUUUGCAAAUCAUAUAUCUGAUAAGGGGCUAAUAUCUAAAAUAUAUAAAGAACCCAUACAACUCAAUAGCAAAAAAACAACCAAUCCAAUUAAAAAAUGGGUAGAAGAUAUGAGUAGACAUUUUUUCCCAAGAAGAAAUAUGGAUGGCCAACAGGUACAUGAAAAGAUGCUCUACAUCAUUAAUCAUCAGGGAAAUGCAAAUCAGAACCACAAUGAGAUAUCACCUCACACCUGUCAGAAUGGCUAAUAUCAAAAAGACUGGUGGUCCUGGGCUUCCCUGGUGGUGCAGUGGUUGAGAGUCCGCCUGCCGAUGCAGGGGACACGGGUUCAUGCCCCAGUCCGGGAAGAUCCCACAUGCAGCGGAGCGGCUAGGCCCGUGAGCCAUGGCCGCUGAGCCUGCGCGUCCGGAGCCUGUGCUUCGCAACAGGAGAGGCCACAGCAGUGAGAGGCCCGCGUACCGCAAAAAAAAAAAAAAAAAAGACUGGUGGUCCAGUGGUUAAGACUCUGCGCUUCCAAUGCAGUGGUGCAGGUUUGAUCCCUGGUCAGGGAACUAGGACCCCACAGGCCGCAGGGCGUGGCCAAUAAAUAAAUAGAGACUAGAAAUAACAAGUGUUGGCAUAGAUAUAGAGAAAAUGGAAACCUCAUGGCAAUGUAAAUUGGUGCCACUAUAGAAAAGUGUGGAGGUUCCUCAAAAAGUUAAAAAUAGAACUACCAUAUGAUCCAGGAAUUCCAAUUUUGAGUAUUUAUCCAAAGAAAAUAAGAACACUAAUUAGAAAAGAUAUAUGCACCCCCAUGUUCAUUGCAGCAUUAUUUAUAAUAGCCAAGAUAGAAAAACAACCUAAGGGUCCAUUGAUGGAUGAGUAAAUAAGGAAGAUGUGAUAUAUAUGUACAAUGUAAUAUUAUUCAGCCAUAAAAAAGAAUGAAAUCUUGCUAUUUGCAACAACAUGAAUGUCCCUGAGACCACUAUAAGUGAAAUGAGUCAGAGAAAUACAAAUACUUUAUAUUAAGCUUAUAGAUACAGAGAGCAGAUUGGCGGUUGUCAGAAGUGGCGGGGGGAGAGUGGUGGAAGAAAUGGGUGAACUGUUUUUGGUUUUGUUUUGGUGUUUAAGUAAAUUGAGUAAGAAUAAAGAAAUCUAGGCAGUAGCUAUAUGGAUGGUCAUUGUAUUAAAUUCUUUCCACUAUCCUUUGUUUGAAAUUUUUCAUCUAAAAUAUUGGGAGGAAAGAGCCUUAAUUGGAAGAAAAAAAAAAAAAGUACAUAGUUCCUUGGAAGUCCAGUGGUUAGGACUUGGCACUUCACUGCCAUGGCCUGGGUUCAGUCCCUGGUUGGGGAACUAAGAUCCCGCAAGCCACAUGGUGUGGCCAAAAAUAAAGAAAAAGAAAAAAGUAAAUGAAAUUAAACUGCUUCUUAUACAUGGACCCUGACUGAGUUGUUUUUGUAGAUUUGUAAGAAUCUGUAGAGCAAUGGCUGCUUUCUCUUGGUAAGCAGGUAUUUAUGUACUGAGAAACUUCUUGUGCCUGCAGUCACAAGGCAUCCUAUACUCCCAAGUAUUGGAAAAUAAUAUUUAGAUUGUGUAAUUAAAGCACCUUUAAGAGAAGAAAAUAAGCACUUCUAGAGAAGGAAAUUGAACCACAUAUCAAAAGUUUUGGGGCAAAGGAUAAUCAUUGCAUUCUACUUGGCCAGCCUAGGUAGUUUCAGAUCAUUAGAAGGGUCUCACCUGUCCCUAUUAUUUGAUUUCUCCUGUACAAAUUCAUUGAAUCCAAAAUAAUGUUUUACAUGCACAGGUACUUAUUUUGUAAUAAACAGGAUUCUGCCUUUCAGUAGAUUGUUUUUUUCUUUUUUUUGUUCAAAUAACCAGUUUGUGAUGUAUUUGACAUUUAAUAUAAGUGAUUAUAAAAGAAAAGAUAGAUAUCACAUCAAGGUGCUAUUUGUUUUCAAAAAGGAUUCCUUUUGUUCCAUGUCAUUAAUAACGACUUCUGUUGCUGGCUGAUUUCAAUGCAACUUUGUAGGCAAGCAGGAUACGUGGCUGUCAUUUAUUAACCUGUUUGUUCCCUUCCAGAAACCUCCAGAGCAGUGUUUGGUAAGAUGAGGGCAGAAGGAGGAGCCACAGAUGCCUGCAGCAGAGGUGUUUGCUGAAACUUCGGGCUUGGUUGGCUAAUAUAGCAGUGUGCAAAGACAGGAUGUUCUUGUUUCUUUGGGAAUCUUGAUCACCUCACUCCUUCCAGAAGCAAUCAGCUGAUGUCUUGGCUCACUGUCUGCCUGAGCGAAUGUCCACAACAGCAUGUGACUGGGUGUCCUGAAAUGAGAGGUGUCUUGCCAGGACUAUGGCAAAUCAGGAAGCCACUCCAGGAAGCCAAUCAGAGGAGAGCAAUGCUUUGGACCUGCCAUCAGCUUAUGACAUAAGGGAUUACGUGUUGCAGAGACCCAGCCAGGAGGCCAACAGUGAGGCUUUUAGUUCUGAGGAAGCCUUUUCUAUUCCUUGCUCUUCUGAUACGGAUCCAGCUCUGCUAUUCCAUUCCUCAACAAUUGGAGGGAACUCAGGAGGGCGUUUCAGGUAUUCCUGGUACUCUUUGUCAUCUUCUAUGAAUCUACUGGCAAACAUCUCUUCAAAAUUUGUAACAGCUUCAGAAGUGUCAGUCAUUCUGAAAUUCCCUGGGAUUUGAGGCAGCUGUACCGUUUAAUGUUUAUAUUGUUUAGAUCUCCAUCCCAGAACACCGUCACAGGACCUCCAGACCCCUUCAGCUCUCCAAGGUAACAGGGCCAUACCUGUAGAUGUAUUCUUGAUGUACUUGUGAGGAAGGGUGAAUUCCGCAUCCUCCUAUUCUGCCAUCUUGAUUCCUCACUCCUACAGUUUCUUCUUAACACAGAGACCAGAGGAUCCUUUUAAAGUGUAAAUCAUAUUAUAUUAGUCUUUGGUGGCUUCUUAUCUGACUCAGAGCCUAAGCCAAACUUAAGAGGACUUAACCUGGCCCCAUGCCCCUGGGGCCCUGGGCCUGGCCUCUCUGACCUCACCUUGUACCAUCACCCAUCCUUCCCACACCAGGCUGGGCUGCUGCCUAGCACGCUCACCCUUCAGAGAGGCCCAGCCUUGCCUCUCUCCUGCUGAUGCUCCCUCAUCAUGUCCUUCCCUGGCUUUAUUCUUUUCCACAGCACUAGUAUCAUUGGGCACCCUAUGUAUUUUAUUGUUAAUUUAUUUGUUUGUCUCCCCCAACUAGAACAUAAAUUCCAGGAUAGCAGGUACUGUAUGAAGAAUGGAUGAGUAAAAAUAAAAACAACAACAACAAAACAAAAAUUAAAAAGAAAGAAUGGAUGAGUAAAUGCUGUUAUUAUUUCAUUACGAGAGAGGCCCACAUUUAUUUAGGGCUGAAGUUGAUCACAACAUAAAGUGUCUCCAUUCCCCUCCCCACUCCCCAUGCACAUACAUAGCUUAAGGAUGCUUAUGGAUAACUUUGGAAGGUUCCAGUAUAAGGGUUGGGAGUCAUAGGCAGCACUGAAUUAGGUGAAGCUGAUGCUGAAAGUUCAGCCUCUCUGUACACCAGUGCCAAAUCGAAUCUUGGAGACAGAGUUUUGGGUGAAGUAGAAAAGGAUAGCUUUAUUGCUUUGCUGAGCAAAGGGGGACACAGGGGGCUCCUGUCUUGAAAAACCAUGUGUCCCCACCUGGGAGGAUUUGAUGAGGAGUUUAUAGCAAUAGUUCAAGGGUGGAGUUGCUGACAAGAUGAGGGUGUGUGCAGGGUCUCAGGUGAUCUCCUAAUCUUGAUGAGCUUCUCUGGUCUUUAAUCUGGCCUCAGGUGGUUUCUUGGCUGCUCCUCCCUUGAUUAGCAACAGUUCAAAUCUGCCCUUUGGAACUCAGGGAAGGUUAUGGAGGCCAGAGUCUUGCUCACAAGAAACGGGGGACAGAAAAGUCUCCAUGCCCGGGAGCCCCACAGGGUCCUCCUCAGUUUCAAAGCCUGAAUUUAGCCCCAUAGCAUGUUCAGUGUUGGAGGAGGAGAUUGUCAGAUUUCCUCUGCCUCCCAAAAGAAAAGUCAAAAUGUGUAACUGAUGGAGACACGGCAGAACUGUCAGCCAUUUAACAUGUGCAAAGUGGGACUUCCCUCGUGGUCCAGUGUCUGACUCCACACUCCCAAUGUAGGGGGCCCGGGUUUGAUCCCUGGUCAGGGAACUAGAUCCCACAUGCCACAGAUAAGAGUUCUCAUGCCGCAACUAAAGAUCCUGCGUGCUGUAACUAAAGAAAAGAUCCCCCAUGCUGCAACAAAGAUCCCGGACGCGGUGACAAAAAUCCCGCAUGCCGCAGCUAAGACCCAGCACAGCCAAAUAAAUAAAUAAAUAUUUAAAAAAAAUAUAUCGUGGGGCUUCCCUGGUGGCGCAGUGGUUGAGAGUCCGCCUGCUGAUGCAGGGGACACGGGUUCGUGCCCCGGUCCGGGAAGGUCCCACAUGCCACGGAGCGGCUGGGCCCGUGAACCAUGGCCGCUGAGCCUGUGCGCCUGGAGCCUGUGCUCUGCAACGGGAAAGGCCACAACAGUGAGAGGCCCGCGUACGGCAAAAAAAAAAAAAAAAAUAUAUAUAUAUAUAUAUAUCGUGUGUAAAGUAAGUUAUAGACCCUUGUGCAGCGGCUUAAACUCUGUCGCUUCUGUCAAGGCAAACACACACACACAGAUGAGUCACCCGCCUCUGUGCUUUUGGAGUCCCAGUUUUUAAGAGUACUGAGCCUUAACCUAAAAGAGAGGUUCAAUUUCUGGAAUCAGGGCAGGUAGGAGAGAGAUUUGGGGAUUUGCCUGUCUGCUGUCCUUGAAAAGCAUCCUGUUUAGGUUUCCCACCCCCACACCUUCUCACACUCCCCUCCCCUCCCCACCCCGGAGCUUGACCUUUCCCAGUGGAACUGUCCUUAGCGUCCAUCUCCCGCCUUUUGCCCGUGGCUGUGCCUGACCCUCUGCAGCACUCCCAGCACUCCCGCUGGGGUGCACACAGUCCCCCAAGGAAGGUUCUGUGCCUGGGCAUUUCUCUCUGCGCAACAGCGUUCUGGAAUGUCUUAGAAUGGGUGAGCAAUGAUUGCUUCUGUUUGUGGAGGACUUGCUGCGCAUCAGGUUCUGUGCUGCUGGGCUCCAUGCUUAGUGUUUCACAAACCUUUGCCACUUUCCAUUUUUACCACAAACCUAAAAAAUGGAAAUUAGCCCUACUUUAUACUUGAGGACAUGAGGCUUAGAGAAGUUAGGAAACUUGCCCAGUGUCACUAAUUAAAUGACAAAGCUGGGGCGAAUCCAAAGGCAGCAUUUUAAGUCAUACUUUGAGACAAGUUUGCUUUUUUCUAACCUGGAAAGUAACCAAGGGGCUGAUACCCUUGGGACGAGGAGCUGCUGGAAAUAAAUGUAGGCAAGUUUGUUAGCUUGAUAGAGCAAACAACUCAUUUUGGGAGGGGGUAAUUUUAGGUAGGAAUAUUAGGUUUUGAUACUAUUUUAUUCAGACUUAAAUAUUUUCAAAAAUUUUCUUCGGCUGUACACCUGGCCACUCUAGUACUUUUGUAGGUUAUGCCAUUUAUUACUGACAAUACUCGUGACUGUUUUAAAAAUGGACCAGAUCACCCAGAGGUUCCUGUGAACUAAGUGGAAAUGGUAUGUUUGAGCCAUGAUGGGAGCAAGGAUUAUGCUGGGGUCAAAUGGGAGGCAGCCGUCCGUUUAUUUAACAGCCCGCAUCUGAGAGUUUAUGCUAAAUGGAAAUAACUGGGCUCAGGUUUAUCCACCACAAAAGGACUUCAUUCUGACAUCAGUAGGAGAUGCUUACAUGGAAAGCUGUUUAUUUUGUUGUAAACAUUCUAGAUCUGCCUUUGGUGAGAAGAUUUUCUACAAAGUAAACUUAGGUUGUCACUUGUAAUCUGGCCGUUACCAAGCCAUGAACUUGAGAUGGACAGCCUUAACCUCUGGGGGAGUCACUGCCCUGAGUGUCCAGCCAAUGGGCUCUGCGCUGACCAUCUUCCACCACGUGUUUCUCAGACUGUCCAGGAGCCUGAGGGUUCACUUUCUACUUGUAAAUUGAGUCGCUUUCCUCCCCUCACUGCAUGUUCUAAGGUGCCUUUGGUUACAGGCUCUCUCCCUCACCAGCCGUCUGGAGACUUUGGCCCAUGUUUUAAUCUAGUCCAAUAACUCUGGAUCCCUAGUUUGUCAGAAACCUGGCCUAUCUGCACAUUGGUUUCUGCAGGUGUCCUGAUGGUGGCCAUCCCGUCUCAGCUUCUCAACACAUCCACUUCCCAAGCCAACUUCAUUCUUGGUUUGCUUUUUGCUGCUGUGUGUUGUUAGGAAAUUGCUCUUCUAGGGGUUGGUGAAUGGUCAAAAGUUUCCAUUGCAGUCACCAGAGUCGCCCAGCAUUGGGCGCAUCCAACCUGGGACUCACUGCACUUGGUUCCUUUUGUAUGGAUUCCCCGUGUCACCAUGCAUCUGCCUCUGUUGUGGGCCUGUCACUGACCCAGCUUCUGGAAGAAGGCCCUGCUCUGCCUCCUCCCUCGUCACCUCACGCAAAACUCUUCCUCAUUCUCCGGCCGUGACCUCCACCCCAACUGCUCCUGCUCAGGUGCCGGGAGUGAAACAGAUACUCCUCUGCCCUUAUCUGCUGUGCCCAGCUGCCACCUCACUGCCCGUGCCCCGGGGGAGGGGAUUCGUGGCAAAGGACGUGAGGCUUGAGAGUGCUUUCCAAGAAGUGCGCGGGUUGAUAAGAAUCUGAGAGUAUUAGUCAGAAAAACCUCAAAGCCUUGGUCGUUUCUGUCUGGGUACCAAAGGCAGGUGAGGCCAGGCUCUGUCUAAAUAAACAGAGCUCAUCUGUCCUGAGGUGACCGAUUAGCCACUUCCUAUGAAUUGCUGGGGAGCAAACAACAACCUAUCACCUUGGCCAAGCACAGGAUCGUGAAACCCCCGCCUUUGCGCUUCCUGGGGAGAUCAGGCAGAAGAGCCACACGCCAAGAAGGUCCUCCCGAAACACAGUUGGCUUCACGUCCUCUAUUUAAAUCCCCUUGAGAUGUCCUGGUCCACUUCACUUUCCUGCCAACCCUUCGCAAGGCUCCUGUGCCUCAUUUUCAGGACUGUGUAAUAUGAUGUCUGGGGUAUUUGUUCAAAAUAUUUAACAACCAAUUCAACAGUAUUGCAAUAUUUUAACAACUGGCAAGGCUGUGCAGGUGCACACCAGCUGAAUACAAGCCCCUGCUGGUGUCUAAGUACUCAUUAACACAGGCCUGCUGUUCCAGUCGGGCCUGUUUCUAUGCUGAGUCAGGCCCUGGUGCCUCAGCUGCAUUGUUUCCCUCAUUGAAGUGUGUUCUCCCCUCCCUGAUUAGCUCCAGUCCACUCCAGAGACUGAUGAAUUCAACCUGUCAAUUAGUCCCAAGUACAUUUUUGUUGAUGGACUUGAACUCCCUGCCUCUUAGAUAUACAUUUCCUUUCUCUUUCAUUACUGGGCUUGAAGAAAGCAUAUAGUAAACAGAAUGAAAGUGCAGAGUGAAAUGGCAAAUAGUCUUGGAGAAACCUCUCAAACUCAAGGUCACAAAGGCUUCCUGGAGGUGCAGUCCUGUGUGUACCAUUCUAGCUUGAUAAACUCUGGGUAGCUCACGUGGCCUGUCUCAUCAGAGCCCUUGCAAACCUUUAUCCUGGAGAGCACCCAAGAUGUAUUCUAAUGCAGGACACAGUGUUCCUCUGCAGUUGCUUUGACAUUGCAGCGUGGAGGUGGGAAACCUCAGCCCUUUCCUCCAACUUGAACUUCUAAGAGCAGUUGUUGGGGAAAUUAGUUGAGUGUAUACAGCAAGUUGAAUAUUAAACACAGUGUCUUAGAUGAUUAAAGGCCCUGCUGACGAGUGGCUAUAAGUUUAAAGUAAAUGGUGGUUUGAUGCUCCUUAUUCUUCUUUUGGAAUCUGUCAACAUCCCAAUCUUCAAAGGCCAUUUUAUAACCUGUGUGUUUAGGCAUUUCAUCUAAGGAAUUUAUUUUUUAAGAGUAGAUAAGUAUGUCUUUUUCCUUUCUGCUAUUUAUGUGGUAUCCAUUUGUAGUUCUUGAAUAUUUUAUUUCCAUAAGAAAUUAUAAGCUCUUAAAUUCAAAAUCUCAAAAAGAAUUUACAUAAUAACUGUAGAAUUUUGGAUGUGGUGUUGUCAUUUUAAACAGGAGUCAGGGUAUAUUUCAGACAUGGAAAUAAUGUUAAAGACAUUUUCUUUAUAGCUGCAUUAAAUAGUACCCAACCUAGUAGCUAAUGACAGAGCCUCCUCUAAACUGGACCUAAGAUACACUCAGGAAGGGAAAGAAGGAGACUGAUGAGCCAAUUCUCUGAGAAAUCAUAGAACAAAAUCUGAAACUUCCUAUCACAUAUCAAGUUGAUGGGUUUUAUUUGGGAAGUUUGAGUAUUCUUCAUGGCAAUGCAUCUCUGCAUUUUGUUACCACUUCCUGGAUUGAGUUAUGCAGAUUCAGCCAACUAGGCUUAAUUUUCAGGUUCUAAACGGGUUUUGAACUCUUUUCUUGCCACUGUUGGAAGGCAGCAAUGUGUCCUAAUUGUGUGGCCCAAGGAGUGAAGGGUAAACCGUAAGUGUACAUGAUUAAGGCCCACAGAGUUAGAGAAUGGUACAGCUUCUGGGCCAGUGUGCCCAAACUGUGCUCCAGGCAGCUUUUUGAGAGCUACAGGUCAGGACUGGGAGACAGUAGUGAGCCCUGGACUCUCCACUCUUGCUCAUCCUCCAGAUAAUUAUUCAUUGGAAGAAAGGAUGUCAGGGCCAAAAAAAAAGGUUUGAAAACUACCAAGGUCUCCUAGUUGUCUCAUUUUCUCCAAGGGGAAGUUGAACCCCAGGAUAUUGAAGAAAGUCACCGAAAGUCACAUAGUGACCUGGCAACUCCUAUUUCCUUGGAGACCCUCUUUACAGACUACUUCUGUGACUUUUCUAUCCCUUAAAAAUAUAUAUAUAUACAUACAUACAUAUAGUUCUGUAUUUUAGCCUGCUAAAUUGUAGACAAUGUUAAAUAGUCAGUAGAGGUGAUAACAGUUUGAGUAGAAUUCUUUUUCUAAUAAAUUUAUUUAUUCAUUUCUUUAUUUUUGGCUGCAUUGGGGCUUUGUUGCUGUACGCAGACUUCUCAUUGUGGUGGCUUCUCUUGUUGUGGAGCACGGGCUCUAGGCACGCCGGCUUCAGUAGUUGUGGCUCAUGGGUUCUAGAGUACAGGCUCAGUAGUUGUGGCACACAGGCUUAGUUGCUCUGCGGCAUGUGGGAUCUUCCCGGACCAGGGAUCAAACCCUUGUCCCCUGCAUUAGCAGGCGGACUCUCAACCACUGCGCCACCAGGGAAGCCUGAGAUUACAGUUUUAAGGAUACCCCUAAAGACUGUCUUUUAAAGCUAUUAAGAAAACUGUAUUCUUAUAUUUUAUAGUAUUGUGAGUUUUUUCCUGCUUACAAAAUAAUACAAACGAGUGGAAGAUUAAAAUAAAUUCUAAAAACAAACAAGGAAAGCGGUUUAACUUCAUUUCUUUACAAUGUAUUCAGUAAUUGUUAUGUCCAGAAUUUUCUUCUACAAAGAACUUUUUGGAAAAUAUUGGGGCAUGUUAAGCACAGUAUAGAUAAAAAGAUGACGACGUUAUCCAUGGACCAAUGCCAUUUUAGAAGUAAAGUGUAAGGGGAGAAUGGGUUAAAAUAAUAUCCUGUGUUUUUAGCCAGUAAUACUUAAGCAGCUACUCUGGGUCUGGAGCCUGGGCACGUGCUUGGCAGGCUCUUGCUAUGGGGCAGAGUUUGAGUCUGCUGCCCUCUUGUGGCCACUUUUUUCAUGUUGCUUAGCCUUACAGAGAAAAAGAAUUUAAAUGUACCAUAUGUGUUAAGCCUUUGUAAUUCAUUCUUUGCAGAGUUUUUUCAUCUUAAAACAAAGAUGAACAAAGUUGUUAGAGAUUAUUUUACUCAUUUGAAGUCUGAGAAAAUGACUUAUUAAUUAGGCCUAGUUACUGCACAUGUUAUAUAAUUUGAGGACACCUUUUCACAUAUCUUGCUUGAUUGAUUACAGGGUAGAAUAAAGAUAUAAAAAAUGCUAUCUGACUUUUUUUUUGCAUAUUUGCCAAAUAAAUGUUAUAUUUUCUUCUGAAAAGAUAAGAUCAAAGGAUUUAAAUAUGCCUUAUUUGAUGAAAUUAUAGGCGCAUUAAAAGGUAAGAGAUUUUAAAAAUCUUUUGUAAUCUGACAAAAUAGUGUAGACCUAUUUCUCCCUGCUUUUCUCUGCUAAGUACAACUAUAUACCCUGGAAACGCAAGUGGCAUCCAAAGUAGAACAUUUGCAGUGGUAAGAAGAAGAUGAAUUGUUUUGGGGGCCCCAGGACUGAAGGAACAGCAUAGAGAAGGUGACCAGGAGCAGUGCACCCUGACCUACAUCUAGAAACAAGAAGGGGUCACAUAGACUCCUCUCACCCCAUGAUUGACUGGUUGUCUAUCCAACAUCAUCAGGAGAACCCAGCACCCAGCAAGGGGGAGCCUAUAGGAGACCCGUAGCAAUAAGUGACCAGGGGAAGUGCUCUCCUCCACUGGGCCCAAGAUGCCCCUCCCCUACUAAGCCAGACCUAGGCAUCCAGGAGGCACAAACAGGGGGAUUCUGCCAGCACUGCAAGUGACCCAGCCUGGGAAGUCCCUUUAUCUUAAUGGGCCUGAGACUCCCCUCCUUUACCCACAUGCACUCUGGCAGCUGGGGAGCAGCAAAGAGGGGGGCACUGUAAAGGGGAACCCCACCUCAACAAGCAGCCCUGCCUGGGAAGUCUGCCCAGGGGCCUGAGAUCUCCCCCUGCCAAGGAACACCUAUAGGCCAGGCCAGGCCCUCAGACAAUACCAGCAGGGACCUGUGGGGGCCUCAGCAGCACCAGACAAACCACAAUGAACAGGAGAGUCUCUGAAAAUUAGACCGCAGCCCAUGAAAGCAGGCCAGAACCUGAGUGCUGAACCUAAAGAGAAUGGCUGCCUGCUAAAAAGAAGGAUUUAAAUAGGAGCAAGAUUCUCUAAAUGAAUAGUCUCUAAACAUAGUGGACAAAUGUUCAGUAUAUAACCCCAAAUCACCUGUCAAACCAAGAGCUGAAAAGUCACAACUUGAAUGAAGAAGCAGUCACAGACACCAACAGUGAGAUGAAUCACACUGAUUUGGAAUUAAAUGACAAGGGUUUUAAAGCAACCAACAUAAAAAUGCUUGACAGUCAAUUACAAAUUCUCUGGAAAUAAAUGAAAAAUAGAAAAUCUCAGCAAAGAAUUAGAAAAAGAAGCGAAUGUAAAUGGUAGAAUGAAAAAUACAACAGCCAAAAAACUGAUGAAUUGAACCUCAUCAAAAUUAAAAACUUUUGCUCUCUGAAAACCCACAUGAUGAGGAUGAAAAGACAAGAUGCACACUGGGAGAAGUAUUUGCAAAUCUGAUAUCAGACAAAGGACCAGUAUCUCUAGAGUAUGUAGAAACCUCAAAACUCAACAGAAAAAAAUAAACAAUCCAAUUAGAAAAUGGGCAAAAGACACAAAGAGACAUUUCUCUGAAGGGGAUAUCCAGAUGGCAAAUAAGCACGUAAAAAUAUGUUCAACAUCAUUAGCCACAAGGAAAACUAAAACCAUAAUGAUACCUAUCAGAAUGCUAAGAUAAAAAAUAUGACAGCACCAAAUGCUGGUGAGGAGGUAGAGAAACUGGAUCAUUCAUACAUUGCUGGUGAGAAUGUAAAAUGGUUCAGCCACUCUGGAAAAUGGUUUGGCAGUUUCUUAUAUAAAACUAAACAUGCAGUUACCACAUGAUCCAGUAAUUGCACUCUUGGACAUUUAAUCUGAGAGAAUUGAAAACUUAGAUUUGUGCAAAAACCUGUACAUGAAUGUUCAUAGCAUGUUUAUUCAUAAUAGCUAAAAACUUGAACUGCCCAGUUAUCCUUCAAUAGGAGAAUUGUUAAAUUGUGGUGCAUUCAGACCAUGAAGCACUGCUCUGCAGUAGAGGAAUGAACUAGCCAUGCACACAAUAGCUUGGGUGAAUCUCCAGGGAAUUAGGCUGCAUGGGAAAAAACAGCGAAUUCCCAGAGGCUACAUACUGUAUUCCAUUUAUAUAAUUUUUUUUUUUUUAUGUGGUACGCGGGCCUCUCACUGUUGUGGCCUCUCCCAUUGCGGAGCACAGGCUCCGGACGCGCAGGCCCAGCGGCCAUGGCUCACGGGCCCAGCCACUCUGCGGCAUGUGGGAUCUUCCCGACCGGGGCACGAACCCCUGUCCCCUGCAUCGGCAGGCGGACUCUCAACCAUGACGCCACCAGGGAAGCCCUAUAUAAUAUUUUUGAAAUGACAGUAUUUUUAGAAAUUUCAGAACAGAUUAGUGGACACCAGGGAUUGGGGUGGGCAGAAGGAUGUGGGCCUGGUUAUAAAGGGCAACAUGAGGGAUCCUUGUGGUGAGGGAAAUAUUCUGUAUCUUGAUGGUGAUUAUGGAUGUGUGAAUCUACACAUGUGAUAAAAUCGUAUAGAUACACAUAAAUGAUUUUAAGUAAAACUGAGAAAUAUGAGUAAGAUGGUUGGAUUUAUCAAUGUCAAUAUACUACAGCUUGAAGUACAAUACAUUAGGAGAAGGUGGGUAGAAGUUCACAGGAUCUAUCUGCAUUAUUUCUCAGGCUUAUUUCAAUAAAACUUCCUGUGAAAAAAUCUGUUGGACAUCUCAAGAAAUACUGGUCCUUUUUUUUUUAAAAUGCCGGUCAGAUCACCUUUUCCUUGUUAUGCCUUAUAUUUCUCUGAAACAACUUUUAAAAUCAUUAUACAAAUAAACAGUUGCCUAUCUUUGAUCAUUUUCACUGUUUCUAAUGUUUUGCUAUUAUAAAGGGCUGUGUUCAACAUUCUUAUGGUUAAACCCUUGUAUAUACCUUAAAUUGUUCUUCAAGCUAUGUUUCUAUAAGAAAAAUUGCUGUAUCACAAUAAUUUUUUUUUUCUUUUUUUGCGGUACGCGGGCCUCUCACUGUUGUGGCCUCUCCCAUUGUGGAGCACAGGCUCUGGACGCGCAGGCUCAGUGGCCAUGGCUCACGGGCCCAGCCGCUUCGCGGCAUGUGGGAUCUUCCCGGACCAGGGCAUGAACCCGUGUCCCCUGCAUCGGCAGGCGGACCCUCAACCACUGCGCCACCAGGGAAGCCCAUGAUAUUUCUAGCUUUUAACCCACACAGCUUCAAAAGUCAUUUAGUGGUUCUGUGCCCUGCUUUCCUUCUCUGUGAAAUAGGAACAAGGCCUUUUUCUCCCCAAUUCCCAGGGAUUUUGGUGUUCUUUUUUCUUUGUUUUUCUUCCUUGGCUCUGUCUUUAUUUUAUGCUAUCUUGUGAUUUUGUGUGUCCUUAAAGCCACCUUCAGUCCUUGAUGGGAAAAGGUAGGGGUAUAAGUAAGUAAAGAACCAUAUAAAUAAAAUAAAGAGAGUUAUGAAAGCACUGAAAGAAGUUCAAAGCAUCACACAUAUGAGAAAUUUUUAGCCAGUGAGUGUUAUCAAUGGCAGAGGUUGGAAAAUCCACUUUGUCAUUUUGUCUGUUAGGUUAGAAAUGUUCAAAUCAUUGUAGACUUCAUGCGAUAUCUACAGAAGAUAAAAUAUUAGAAAAACGUGGAUGAAAUAAACUUUCUUUGGUCCUUUGAAGAUAGAAGUUCUGAAAUAGUUAAGUAGCAGAGGUAAGAAUAUACUUUUUUUUUUUAGAAUGUACCUUUAAGACGUGGCUGGAAGUUCUUAUAAAGGAGAAUUAACAUAGAGAUUAUGAUGCAUCUCUCACCCUCAGGAAGUGCUCACUGCAAAGGUCACACAAGAGAAUGAUUACAAGGGGAGUAUAAAGUCACUUAUAAAUAGUCAUCACAAUAGCUGACAUUUAUUGUUUCCUUGGCCCUAUCCCAGGUAAUCCUUCAAUAAGCAAGGGGAGAGAUACUGUUUUCAUCCCCAUUUUAGAGAUUUCUUUUUUUUUGGCUGUGUGGCAUGUGAGAUCUUAGUUCCCCAACCAGGGAUCAAACCCGUGCCCCUUGCAGUAGAAGCACAGAGUCCUAACCACUGGACCACCAGGGAACUCCCUCAUCCCCAUUUUAGAGUUGAGAAAAUUGAGGCCCAGCUAAGUUAUUUAACCAAGACUAUGGUAGAACUAGGCAGUCUCACUCCAGAGCUUUGUCAGUGACCACCAUACACAAUAUUGCCCAAGUGGUUCCCUCAAGCAGCAGUGCUUCUCGAGGUUUCCUCCAAGGCUGACACCAUCAAGUUCUCUGUCACACACACUCCUGGGCCAGGGCCAGGAUAAAGGGAAAUGGGUGACUUUUUGCUCUGGCUCCCAUCUGGCUUGAUCACCAGCCCUGGCCUUCCCUUUUCACUGUCCUGGGCUUAUUCUCACCCUAAGCGUAUGCUCAAUAAGCCCACAAACACUUGUAAUUCAAGAGGGGCUGAAUUUCAACGCAACAUUCUUGAAGACCAGAGAGGCAUGAGGACAUUUGUUCUUCACCUUGUUUGACUGAAGAUUCCUUCAAAAAUCUGAUAGAUGGAUAAAGAAGAUGUGGUACAUGUACACAAAGGAAUAUUACUCAGCCAUAAAAAAGAAUGAAAUAAUGCCAUUUACAGAAACAUGGAUGGACCUAGAGAUUAUCAUAUUAAAUGAAGUAAGACAAAGAAAGACAAAUAUUAUAUGAUAGCACUUCUAUGUGGAAUCUAAAAAAUGAUACAAAUGAACUUAUUUACAAAACAAAUAGACUGACAGUCAUUGAAAACAAACUUAUGGUUACCAAAGGGGAUAGCAGAGACAAAGGGGGAGAUAAAUUAGGAGUUUGGGAUUAACAUAUACACAUUGCUAUAUAUAAAAUAGAUAAACAACAAGGACCUACUGUAGCACAGGGAACUAUAUUCAGUGUCUGAUAAUAACCUAUCAUGGAAAAGAAUCUGAAAAAGAAUAUAUAGAUAUAGAUAUAGAUGUAUAUAUAUAGAUAGAUAGAUGUGUGUAUAUAUAUAUGAAUCAUCUUGCUAUACACCUGAAGCUAACACAUUAUAUAUCAACUAUACUUCAAUUUUUUAAAAAUGGUUUUUAAAAAGAAAGAAUCUGGGGAAUUCCCUGGCAGUUCAGUGGUUAGGACUCGGUGCUUUCACUGCUGGGGCCAGGUUCAAUCUCAUGUCAGGGAACUAAGAUCCUGCAAACCUGCAAGCCGUGCAGACAGACGAAAAAAAAAAAAAAAGAAUCUGAUAGAAAAAAUGAAAACUUUCCCCACGGGGGGAAAAA